CGACCAACCGCACCGGUCCAGUAUGACCGAGCUAGCCAGUCAUGCCUGAGACAAAGGCGGUCAACUACGGCUGGUGUCCUGUAUUGACGUCGAGGCACAUUGUUUCUCAUGCCUCCAUCGAAUCAACCGUAUGUUCUGGAGGUGAAGCUCAACAUGCUUUCCUCUGAGCUGUGCAUGACUUGCUGCUCCACGAUCGCGAGCGGAUCUAGCCAGCAUGAAGUCAAGCCAAAGGCAAUGCCCUUCGUGCAUGGCUGCUGCAGGCGGUUCAUUUGCUCGACCUGCAUAGCCAACAAUGCACGACUCGCCACUUUCUGUCCCUUCUGCGAGGAUCCUCAGACAGCAUUUCGCAAGGGCAGGCGACAUGACGUAACGAGGGCAGGCGACACAUUGUUCGACUUUGACAAAGCCCUCUCCGGAUCAGGCCAAGCUGUUCAGAACGGCAGUGCAGAGGAAUCGCUCGAAAGGGAUGUACCACCUGCGUACGAAGCCGGUCCCGAUUUUGUGCUUGCCUACGACGACAGUACAAAGGAGGACGCUGUUGUCGCAACGGCGACGGCUUCUAUUCAAAAAAUAUCCAAAAUCCAAUUAUCCGAGCCCGGGACCUUCAAGCCGAUAGCCGAUCACACACACGCCGCGGGCCUUGCAGAAGUGCUGCCCGAGAAGAUCAAGGUCCCGCCAGAUAGUGGAAAGGAGCAGACUCAGCGCGGCACUGGGGAGUCCGCACCGACCGAUGGCGAGACGAGACAGUAUUGGCUCAGACCCGAGGACACACUCUCUGGCCUUGCCUUGCGUUUCAGAGUGCCGGUGAGCGCUUGGUCCUAUCCCCAAAAAAUUCUUCCAGCAUCGUUUGACCCACUUCGACCCAUCUUCCUCUGUUUACUUGUAGGACGUCACCCUUUGCACUUUGAACCAGCUGCCACGCUCUGCGCUCGCAACGACACCGCAUAUCCUUCACACGCGUCACUGGAUCCUGCUCCCUGCCAACUGCAUUUCUGUUGCGGAUGCAGCUGAAGAUUCGAAGUUACAAGAAGCGCUCACCGGUCCUCUGAAGCUGUCUGCAGCAUCCAAGCGCAUCGCCGCUCGCCGCGGAGCAGAGUUACGCUUUCAAGCAACAAUCAUGCGCACCGGCGGUGGUGCUAUGGGCCAGAGUGGCGAGACGCCGCCAGACGAGCGGGCGGCAAGUGCGUACA